AUGGCCCAUUCGGGGAAAAUCGACGUCCAUUCCCAUUUCCUUCCACCAUUUUACCGCAAAGCAUGUCUGGAGAAGGGACAUGGAAUGCCAGAUGGAAUGCCAGCUCUCCCAGAAUGGAGCGAAGAGACGCAUCUCGAGUCCAUGAGAGAUAAUUCCAUCUCAAAAUCCAUCAUUAGCAUCAGCUCACCCGGAACCCACCUCGUCCCCGGGGAUAAGAUUUAUAACGGCAACCUUGCACGGCAAUGCAAUGACUUCGCGAAUUCCCUUGUCGGAAGACACCCAGAGGAGUUUGGAUUCUGGGCGUCACUUCCACUGCCAGACGUUGAAGGCAGCCUUUGCGAGAUCGCCCGUUCGAUCGGUGACCUCAAUCCUGUCGGCUUCGUACUGGAGACCAACCACCAUGGGACCUACCUCGGUGAUCCCUCGCUAGAUACCGUCUUCAACGAGCUGAACCGGAUCAAAGCAACCGUUUUCAUCCACCCAACCACACCCUGCUGUAAACACACCGGAGAUGCCAACGGCCACGAGCAUACAGCCAUAACAUUCCUGCCCAAAUUCCCGAACCCAAUGUUUGAAUUCAUGUUCGACACCACACGCGCACUAAUCAACCUCUUUUCAUCCGGCACAAUAUCCCGAUGUCCAAACAUAACCUUCGUCAUACCCCACGCGGCUGGCGCCUUACCUCCCAUUCUCCAGCGAUUUAGCAGCAUAAGCAACAUGCUCAUGCGCUCCGAGCUUGACUUGAGCUCCAAAACCCUGAAGGAGACGUUCAGACGGCAAUUCUUUUUCGAUCUUGCUGGCUUCCCGUUUCCGGAUCAGAUUCAUGGAUUGCUUAGAAUUGUCGGACCAGAUAGGCUGCUUUAUGGGAGUGAUUAUCCGUUCACGCCGACGCAGAGAGUGAAGGUGUUGGCUGAUGAUAUGAGGGAAGGGUUGGAAGAGAUAUUUGAGGAUGAGGCGGUGAGAGAGGGGAUUUAUAGUGGGAAUGCGAGGAAGUUGUUGGGUGCGGAAAUGUGA